AUUAUUAAACCAAAGUCAGCCGCGCCCUUCCGAAAUGUGAGAUCUUCUGGUUUGAGGUUCAAAUCCGGCGCAUCUAGGAGCAUCGAGACACUUCAAAUUCACAGAUAACAACAGAAAUCUAAGAAGCUUCGAAAAGGGGAAACAACUGGUACUUGGAGCUGCUGGUCAUGGGAGACGUUGCCAAAGGGAAGAAGGUAUUUGUCCAGAAAUGUUCUCAGUGUCAUACAGUGGAAGAGGGGGGACGCCACAAGGUGGGACCCAACCUGUGGGGGCUGUUUGGACGGAAGACGGGGCAGUCACCUGGCUACUCCUACACGCAGGCCAACGUCGAUAAAGGUAUUGUAUGGGAUGAAGAAACUCUGAACAUCUACCUUGAAAAUCCAAAGAAGUACAUUCCAGGUACCAAGAUGAUCUUCUCUGGCAUCAGAAAGAAAAAGGAAAGAAAAGAUAUUAUAGCCUAUUUAAAGGAUGCCACCUCUUAAUGUAGUGAUGACAUAGAGCAGACACAUGCAGAUGUAGAUAUAAGUAUUACGCUGUACGUUCAUGGAAAAACAAACUGUGCUCUAUGUUUUAAUUUUAAGUAGGUUUCUAUAUUUAAAUUACUACAUUUUGUUACAUUAAAACUGAGCUGCCACACUGUUUUGUGUGCAGAAGGCUGUUUUUAUCAUCAACUGAGUCAGCCUUCCUGUAGCUCGUGGAUUUUUCCAACACUUCUCAGUCAAGGCUUCCUAUAAGAGGCUCUUCGGGAUUUCAUUGUUUGCCUAAAUUGUCUACUGCUGCUUGAACAGAAACUACAUGUUUUGCAUUUUUGCCACUUAAAACUCUCAUCACAAUAUAGGUCACUGUUUGUGUUAAUUUUUCUAUUACAUCGCAUGUACUGCUUGUUAAGUCUUUUCUGUUUACAUGUCUUAAAAAUGGGUAGACUUGGUGUUAAAUCUAUUUUUACUCAUCUUUUUAAGCCACUGGGUGUUAUAGACUUUAACUGUUACAAGGUUGCACUUUAAAAUGUAAGUAUGUCUUGUCUUCAUGCAUUUUCUAAAUCCUUUUCUGUUAUAUAUAAAGACAGUAAGGUCAGUUUGGUCUGACAACGACCUGCUGGAUAAGGGACUAUGCUAGAAGCACCUACAUUUAUAUUGUAUUCUUUAUACUGAGUUACUUUUUUAUACCUUGUUGCCAUAUUUUUUCACAUAGCCUUGACUCUGACCUUGACUAAAUGGAUAUGAUAAUAAAUGCAUUACCCCUUUUGUUAAUUAAA